AUGGCGGAACUCAAGAAGGAGGGCUUCUCAUCAGAUGCCCCAAUCAAGAGUGAAUACAGCGGCGAUGAUAUCGCCAUGGCCGAGGAGGGCGGCCUGUCCGAUCCCAACCAUGUCGAGCUUCACCGUGCCCUCAAGGCGAGGCACAUCACCAUGAUUGCAAUCGGUGGUGCUAUUGGAACCGGCUUGAUUAUUGGAACGGGCGAAGCUCUCGCAAAAGCCGGUCCUGGCUCGAUCUUGAUCGGUUAUGCCUGGGUGGGUUUCAUCGUGUACUUGGUUAUGUGUGCUCUUGGCGAAAUGGCGGCAUGGCUUCCCUUGCCCUCAGGUUUUACUGGUUAUGCUGUUCGAUUCUGUGACCCUGCACUCGGAUUCACCGUGGGCUGGACGUACUGGUUUAAAUAUAUUCUCGUCACGCCAAAUCAGUUAACGGCCGGUGCUUUGGUCAUAUCAUACUGGAUUCCUGUAGAAAAGGUCAACGCCGGCGUUUGGAUUACGAUCAUCCUCCUGUUGAUCAUCAGCAUCAACUACUUCGGAGUCAAAUUCUUCGGAGAAUUCGAGUUUUGGCUGUCAUCGUUCAAAGUCAUUGUGAUUCUUGGAAUCAUUCUGCUGUCCUUCAUCUUGAUGCUCGGCGGAGGCCCAGAUCACGACCAAAAGGGAUUCAGAUACUGGAAAGACCCGGGUGCGUUUGCCGAGUACAUCGACACUGGUGCAGCUGGCCGGUUCUACGCUUUCUGGUCAACCAUGGUGUCAGCCACUUUCGCCUAUCUGGGUACGGAGCUGGUCGGUGUCACCGUUGGUGAAGCUCAGAACCCGCGCCGCACCAUUCCUCGUGCCAUUCGGUUGACAUUCUACCGUAUCCUGGUAUUCUACGUGCUUUCCGUUCUUCUGGUCGGCACCCUGGUCAAGUACAACGACCCGAAGCUGGCCUUCGCCGUCAACGCCAGCAGCUCCGCAGCUGCAUCUCCAUUCGUCGUCGCCAUCGAAAAUGCCGGAAUUCCUGCGCUCUCUCACAUUUUGAACGCGUGUAUCCUCCUCUUCGUUUUCUCGGCCGCCAACUCCGAUCUCUACAUCGCAACCCGCACAAUCUACGGUCUCGCCCGCGAAGGCAAGGCACCCAAGAUCUUCUCACGAACCGAUCGUCGCGGUGUGCCCAUCUUCGCCCUGGGUAUCUCAUCUCUCUUUGCCCUUCUCGCGUACAUGAAUGUAUCCAAUGACUCGAAGACCGUCUUCAAGUACUUCGUGAACCUGGUCACCAUUUUUGGUCUCUUAACCUGGAUUUCCAUCCUGGUCACCCAUAUCUACUUCGUCCGCGCACGCCGUGCCCAGAACGUUCCCGACAGUGAUCUCGCCUACGUCGCUCCAUUCGGCGUGUAUGGUUCCUAUGGAGCCCUGGCCUUCUGCAUCCUUAUUGCCUUCACCAAAAACUUUAACGUGUUCACUCACUCUCCGAAGUACGGCAACUUCGACUACAAGAACUUCAUCACCGCAUACCUGGGUAUCCCACUGUACCUGAUUCUGAUCUUCGGGUACAAAUUCACCCACCGCAAUGAGCCAAAGGUUACUCCGGAGAAUGCGGAUCUUUGGUCUGGAAAGGAGGAGAUUGAUCGCCAGGAGGCUGCUUAUCUUGCCCAGAAGGAUGCUCAGGUUGAGAAGCAUGCUCAGUCGAACUGGUUCUACCAGAAAUGCGUUUCUUGGCUGUUCUAA